AUGACAGGAUGGAGUGAUACGUCAUCUGCUAUUUCUUCCUAUAGUGGUCUGACCAUUAAUGCUUUGAACACCACAUGGUUGUUACAAGACUUUUUCUAUAUUGGAACUUUUGAUUCGUCCUCCACUCUGUUGACCUCACAACGACAUUGUGACACUAGUGGCUCAUCAAGCAUUGCAGGUGUUUUAGAAGAAGAGAGUAUAUAUGGAGAACGAAUGUCAUCUCUUCAAAUUUUACAAGAUGUCAAUCAGCAGAAUACAAUCAUGUUGAGAUCAGAUAUUUCAAGAAGUAUUCAUUUAUACAAAUGGAAUUAA